GGGCGGCGGGGCCGGGCCUGAGAGUGGCUGUGGAGGAUGGUGGAUCCCUCACGGUGUGACAUUUUCCUGUUUCACUGCAUUUAUUUUGUGGCAAUUCUGUUGGAGCCAUACAAAAAGCUUCUCUUUAAAAAAAUUCUAAUAAGGAGCAUUUGACCAUCUGAUCUCUUAAAGUUGAACCUUUCGAUACCAGGAUUAGGAACAAGUGUCUUCAGAAUCAAUAUGUAGCAAAUAGGUAUCACUCAACUGAAGUUGGUCCCUCAAGCCAACAUAUUUGUGUUUUAAGGAUCCUUGUACUUUCAGCAGUGAAUUAAUAGUUUUUUUGUUAACCGAAAAAAGUGGAUUUCAUGUGGUGCUUGCUAAACAUUGAAUCACCAUGAGUAGUAAUCUAGGAAAAGAAAAAGACUGUAAAGAGAAGGAUCCAAAAGUCCCAUUGGCAAAGGAACGGGAGAAGGAGUCUAAGGCCUCUGGAGGAUUUGGGAAAGAAAGCAAAGAAAAGGAGCCUAAGACCAAAGGGAAAGAUGCCAAAGAUGGAAAGAAGGACUCCAGUAGUGCACAGCCUGGGGUAGCUUUUUCAGUAGACAACACAAUAAAACGACCUAAUCCAGCCCCAGCUGCUCGCAAAAAAUCCAGCAAUGCUGAGGUGAUCAAAGAGCUAAAUAAAUGCCGAGAAGAGAAUUCAAUGCGCUUGGACUUGUCCAAGAGGUCUAUACACAUGCUUCCAUCAUCUAUCAAAGAGUUGACACAGUUAACGGAACUUUAUUUAUACAGUAACAAAUUGCAGUCUCUACCUGCAGAGGUGGGCUGUCUUGUGAAUCUGAUGACACUGGCUUUAAGUGAGAACUCGCUUACCAGUUUGCCUGACUCUCUUGAUAACUUGAAGAAAUUGCGCAUGCUUGAUCUACGGCAUAACAAACUUAGAGAAAUUCCUUCAGUGGUGUACAGGCUAAAUUCUCUUGCCACUCUUUAUCUACGCUUUAAUCGUAUAACUACUGUGGAAAAGGAUAUCAAAAGCUUGUCAAAACUCACCAUGCUUAGCAUACGAGAGAACAAAAUCAAGCAACUACCUGCUGAAAUUGGUGAGUUGUGUAACCUCAUAACUCUGGAUGUAGCGCACAAUCAGCUUGAACAUCUUCCAAAGGAGAUUGGAAAUUGCACACAAAUCACCAACCUUGACUUGCAGCACAAUGAGCUUUUGGACCUACCAGAAACCAUAGGAAAUUUGUCCAGUCUAAGUCGUCUUGGCCUAAGGUACAAUAGACUGUCGGCAAUCCCCAAGUCUUUAGCAAAAUGUAGUGAACUUGAUGAACUGAAUUUGGAGAACAACAACAUUUCUACUUUACCAGAGGGUCUUUUAUCGAGUCUUGUGAACCUGACUAGUUUAACAUUGGCCAGGAACUGCUUCCAGUCAUAUCCAGUGGGUGGUCCAUCACAGUUUUCCACAAUCUACUCUCUCAACAUGGAACACAACCGCAUCAGCAAAAUCCCGUUUGGAAUUUUCUCUAGAGCUAAAGUGUUAAGUAAGCUGAACAUGAAGGACAAUCAGCUAACCUCGCUCCCCUUGGACUUUGGGACUUGGACCAGCAUGGUGGAACUGAAUUUAGCCACUAAUCAGCUCACAAAAAUUCCUGAGGAUGUGUCUGGGCUAGUUUCCCUUGAGGUUCUUAUCUUGUCAAAUAAUCUUCUGAAGAAACUUCCCCAUGGCAUUGGAAACCUACGGAAAAUAAGAGAGUUGGAUUUAGAGGAGAACAAACUGGAAUCCUUGCCCAAUGAAAUCGCUUACCUUAAGGAUUUGCAGAAAUUGGUCUUGACUAAUAAUCAGUUGACCACCCUUCCAAGAGGAAUUGGUCACCUCAUCAAUCUGACACAUCUUGGGCUAGGAGAGAAUCUUCUCACACACCUUCCUGAAGAAAUUGGUACACUGGAGAAUCUGGAAGAACUGUAUUUGAAUGACAACCCCAAUCUGCACAGCCUUCCCUUUGAGCUGGCGCUCUGCAGCAAACUGUCAAUAAUGAGUAUUGAGAACUGCCCACUCAGCCACCUUCCACCUCAGAUCGUUGCUGGGGGACCCUCCUUCAUCAUUCAGUUCCUAAAAAUGCAGGGACCAUAUCGUGCCAUGGUCUGA